CUGAAUUGGAUUGUCGGAAACGAGCGGAGCUUUGUGAAUCGCGUUGGCGUAUCGAAGUGUGUGAUUCCCAAUUAUUUACUGUAGUGUUUGGUGCUGUCCCAGCACAGUGGAACGCUUAUUGUGUGUGCUGACCGUGCGAAGAAUUUUUUUUCACCCGGACCACCCACACGCCACAGUGCAGUAUGAUACUGAACGCAAGCUCACCCGUGCCAAUGUCAGUGGGAGCUCGACGACGAAGCGCACCACAGCAGCAACGCAAGGACUAACGGCAUUGUCCUUGCGUAGCGUACUCCAGCUAUGAUGGCCCGCUGAAUAGCAUCGAGGAGCUUACGUCCUGCCGUACUUUGGGAGAUUUUCCAGCGAAUAUUGAAGCACCUUCUAUGUGGCCAAGUCGAUUGUUGACCGAGAUCAGUUUCGUGCCAUAUGGGAAAAAAUCGGAUUGCCGCCAACUGAUUGAAAUUUUUGAAUUCUGGUGUUAGUUUUUGAGGGUUGUAAAAAAGCGCAUUGUUUGUGAAGUGCCAAUUGAUAGACAGUGGUGAAUCAGCAACCAUAUACGUGGAGUUUUCUGCAAUGUGGAUUACAUUUUGACGAACAAACGAUCGGAGCUGUUGUCAGUACUGAAUGAUGGAUUUUCUGUUGUCAACGAUUUUGUUGGCCAACAGUGGAAGGACAAAAACUUUUUUAACCCUCUAACGGGCAACACCGUAAAAACGAUGCGAUCAAGCUAAUGACUAUUUUAUCAUGAAAGUACACAUAAAAAAACCUUACGUUCUGAUUUUCAUGCAAAAAUAGUUAUCUGGAGGAGCACCAGACGAAAAUCUACGGUCGCCGCACUUGCAAGGGAACAGUCCAAACUUGCGCCAGUGUGAAUGUGUGUCAGUGAGCUGCUCGGACGAAAUUGCGGAUCCGUCGAGGUCCAAGUGAAAGAAAUAUUCUUGUCAACUUCUCCAUGGACCGGCGAGGAUGAAGCAGCGGCGGCGAAUGAGCAAAGAAAUUCAUAAAUACGUGACUUUACGAGCUAAUGCCAACGCGACACGAAGUGAUUUUGCUGAUUGUCGCUGCCGUCGGGGUCGGUCGUGGAGCUCCGAAAAUGCUAGGAGGAUACCUAAAACGCCGCCCUCCAGUUGAGAAGAAGAGGGCCAUUCUGGUCGCCAAAAGCGAGCGAAAACGAUAUUCAAAUUAAAUGGGUGACGUACAAUAAAUCAACCGUAAUACACAUUCCCAACGCUUUGGAAUGCUUUUGCUUUUCGGUGUGACAGUGCGCGGUAUUGAUACUGAACGUUUGAAACUGUGAUACGACUUGUAGUGUGGCACAAAACAAAAUGAUGACCGAAACUCGGUAGUAUGCCGUGUUAAAAGAACAACCUUACAAGACAGAACCCGAACCCAAUAAAAACAUCAUUCCUUCUAGGCUAGAUCCUCUUUCAACCAGUCCAAAGAACUCUAUAAAAAUUGAAUACAGAUCCAAAUAUCCAGUCAGCGGUUUGGUAGGAUACUAGCCCCAAGCGACAAACAUGUAUGGCCAGUCUAAUUUAAGCAAUCUAAACGGAAGUCAGUGCAUGUUCCGAAGCUAUCCUUACCUUCCCCAAAACGCCUAUUCCCAAGCCCAACAACAAUACCAGCAACGAUCUUUUACUCUUCCAUGACAGUAUAGUCAAACUCGACAGAGCCGUAAAAGCAAUUGCUACUAUUGCAAUAAUAACAUCAAUCUUACCUGCACCUGUUUGUCGUCGGGUGCCUUAGGACAAUUUUAUUCGACAUCACAAACCCUCAAUUCGGCACCAUCGACAUUACCCCGACGUUCCCGUCCCUCUAAUCACUAUAAACUACUGACGUAUCAACCCCAGGCUUUCAUCCAGCCUCCAUUUCCGUUCCAACAACAACAACAACAACAACCACCACCACCACCACAACAAAAACAACCACGUCCGACGGUGAGCAAGGCGACUUCCACAUCCCCACCGACCCGGUACCUGCGGGACAAAGAAACACAAGUCGACGAAAAAAUGCUCGGCAUUCAUAAAGCGUCGGAAGACCCCGACUCGCCGGCUCUGUCCGCGUCGCCCCCACCGGCACCGGCCCCGAGACCGCCGCCGAUCCGAAACGGUUGCCAGCGGUGUCGAUUUUCGGCCUCGGUGGCAUCGGCGAGCUCGACCCUUAACCGAUCCCACCCACACUUGGCCGGUAGCGCCAGCAAUACCCUGACCCGGGGCAGCACCCACAACAGUAGCCUUCGAGAAAGUGGAACCGCUGGCAUUAACCACAUAGCAACCAGUACCGGCCAUCUACAUACCGCCGGUUCUACGGAACAAACGCAGAAUGGAACAUAUCUUGGAGGCUACGAUCGCGGACGUUUACUCGACGAGGAGGAUUCCGUCUAUCCCGCGCUGCUCGAACGGGAGCUGCAUUCACUGCACCGGAAUGUUCCUGCGUUGCGACGUGCCGGCGUUGACACCACUGCAAUUAGACAGCAUUUCUACCCGGACGGCGGCUGGGGCUGGAUCGUAUGCGGUGUUGCAUUUCUCGCCCAUGUUCUCACCACCGGGUUCCAGCUGUCCUACGGUUUGCUGCUGCUGUACGCGAUACGACACCUGGGCCACGAGGUGAAUACCGAAGCAGGAUGGCUGGGAGCUGCCAGCUGGGCGAUGUCUCUAUUGGCGGCCGUCAUUGUGGUGGCCUUGUGCCGUCGAAAGUCAACCCGGCUGACUGCGGUUCUCGGAGGCCUGGUGCUCGCGCUGGGAAUCCUGUUCACGUCCUUCGCCACCCAGCUGCACCAGGUAGCGUUCAGUUAUGGAGUGAUAGUUGGCGUCGGUGCCGCCAUGGUUCGUGAGUCGGCCGCCGUAAUGCUGGGCCAUUAUUUCAAACGGCGGAGACAAUUUGUCGAAAUGAUUACGAUGUCGGGCGAAGGUGUUGGUGUGGCGCUGUUCUCUGUGAUACUGAAGGAAGGAGUGGGGAAAAUGGGUUGGCGCCUGGGCCUGCAAGCCGUUACCGGGCUGGUAUCGUUCAGCUUCUUUAUGGGAUUGCUAUAUCGGUCCGCCUCCCUGUAUCAUCCCCAGCGGCGGGCGAUUCUGCAUCUGAAAAACCAACGGAAAAAGGUAAAGGAAAAGAAAACUCAUGUCCGCACUCCAAAGCCACCGUUCCUUGAUUUUGCACCCCUGAGGCUGCCGUCGGUACGGAUGCUGUCGAUUUCGGCAGCUGUGGCCGCAUUCGGGAUCUACUCGCCAAUCUUCUUUCUGUCUCAACAUGGCUUCACCGAAGGAUACGACAUGCAAGAUUUGGUGCUACUUCAAACUUUUCUAGGGCUUUCCAUUGCACUCGGAAUCGUAUUCAGCGGAUCGUCGGUGAACAAAACGCUGGAGUUUUCCGUCAGAAAAAUCAGAAUAUCUCGUCAAUAUGUUUGCCAGGGCUGUGUUACGCUUGUGUCAUUAUCGCUAUUAGUCCUAUCGGCGGUAACGGAUUACCGCGGUCUCUGUUUUUCCACGUGGGCCUACGGUUUAGGUCUCGGUGGAUAUCGAUACACCUUCAAGAUGCUCGCUAUCGAAAGAGUACGAGGCAAGUACUUCUCGAAAGCUUGGGGUUUCAUUAAAAGUGCCGAAUCGUUGCCGGUGCUUUUUGGAGUGCCACUGUGCGCCUUCCUGAAUGAUUCAUCGCACCGCUAUGGACGAGCCGGAUACUACAUCUGUGCGGCUAGUGCAGCAAUCUCAGCAAUUAUUCUGUUUUUCGUGGGUUAUCCUGAUGGAAAGAGCAUGAAGUAUUCAGCCAACGGAUCAAUAAUUUCACGCUGUACUGCGGCCCCAACUUCCUCGAGUGACUGUCAGCAUAUGCUAAAUCGUAGCUUUUCAUCGCAACGUUUCAACAAUCAGUGGUAUUCAACCACGCAGAGCACCAAUUUAUCCAGCGGUUGCAACCCCAGCAUUGGCACGUACGGUCGUCAGCAGCAGCGCUGCCUUUCGAACCAAUUCAUGAAUGGAGGCCUGGCACUAGGUUCUACCAGCAUCGGAGGAGUAGGAGGAGGCCCAGUGAAUGCGCCUAGUUAUAACUAUCAUAGUCCGUACUGCCAAAGUGCUGGUCAACCCCAUCAUCACGGCAGACUUCAUAAGAGUUUGUCGUUCGCCUUCCAAACGCCAAUCUUGACUGACGAUGAACGUUUCACGCACGGUGGCACCCGACAGCCAUCCGGCGUACAACACGCCGCCGGCCAGUAUGCUGCUGAUUACCCGCUCAGUCGAUGCUACUCGAGAUGUGAAGUUCAUAACCCGAACCCGCUGCACCCGCAGGAUCCAAGCCAUCGUAGGGCGCCGUCCAUGGGCGGUGUGCCCACAGCAUCGUCGGCCUACUUCUGCACCAAUGGCCUUCAGCACAAUCCGUCGCGCAGCAGGAGUGUUCCGGAGGGUCUUGCCACCGGGUACCGGACAGCUGCCGAAUGCCAUCUGAAUCACUGCCACUGGACCACUGCCAACGGAACGAACUUCUGUCGACCGACGCGUCCCGUUCAGGUGGUGGAACAGAUCACCACAUCCGUUUGACUAAAGUUUAGGAUUGUGCGAUUGUUCCUCUGUAUAUCCAUUCAUCUACUGGAAGGACUGUUUUCAUAGUUGUUUUACUCCUACACCGUCACUUGCACCUUGUAAUGCCAUUAAUCCUCACAUUGAAUCAGCACAAUUAAAAUCGCUACACAAUGCAUCUCAUAAAUCACCACCACCAUUCUCUGUUUUACAGACAAGCAUGAAUUUAACGUAGCGUAAAAUGUUCAUGCAGUUAAACUUGAUAGCGAAGAAAAACGAACGAAAUUUAAAUUUUAAUCAUACAUAAAUAAUGAAUGUGUUCAAUACACCAAACAAUUACCCGGCGGAGCGGAAGCCGCGAACUCGCGGAUUUUUAAGCGAUUUUCCACGCGCUCAAUUUAAUUAGCGAGUAAAUUAGCGAUUCUAUGCGUACGCGUGGGUGUGUUCCUCUUUGCGAUUUAUUAUACAUGUAAUGGAAUUGCGCGAAACGUAAACUACGAUGAGUGACGGCACACUACGGGAGACGCAAAAGCAUCAUUCUAAAUAAAGUGUAAAUAAUUAUUUUUUUCAAGAAAGAAAUUAGUUAUCGAAUAUACUAGCAAACUCAUUUAUCACUGUCGAACUUCAAUCCGGGUCACGAGUUUCGGGUGCAUGCAGUGCGAUUGGCAGUAAUUGCCCCAGUGAGUGGGAUCGAUUACAGUUUCCGUGGGUACCUACUCUUAACUCGGCUCGGGUGGUUAUCAAUUAGAUUAGAUGUUGGUAGGUAUUAACUGAAAUGCAGGAAUUAUUGAUUUUUUCCGUUCUUUCUUUCAUCGUUGAACUCGUUAGUGCAGUAAAAGAUUAGGUAUUACUGAUAAGGAAAUGCGCCAAAGCGUGACCGCUCUCACGAUGUAACACGUUAAAUUGUUAGAUAUUUGACCGGAAAAAAGGCAGAAGUUUAUUUUAUUUACGAGCAAGCUGUGAAUG